CUUCACAAAGCCCUAAAACUCAAAGCCCAUUAAGUCAAGCCCAAAAUAGAAAGAAGAAGAGUGUCAAUUUCGCAAUAUAAAAGCAGGAAAAGUAAAAGUGUGUAGGAAGGAGCAUUUACGAAUUUACUUACCGCCAAAACGACUAACCAACCAACCACCAUCUUGGAGUUCUUUCUUGAAAUGAGGUGCGGGAUUUUCCACGCCGUGUGGAUGUUAACGGUGGUGCUGGCGGUUUCUAACGCCGUCGUCACCGUCACGUGCAUACCGAUCAGAGAGUUUGAUUCCAUGCUUGACACCCUACGAGCCACAGGGUACGACCUCUUCUGCAACGCAAUCGUCACCUCUGAUCUCCAAUUCCACCUUCUUUCAAACGACACCAACUCCUUCACCUUCUUCGCUCCCACCGAUGCUUCCCUCUUCGCCCUCGACAUUUCUCAAACGGCGUCGUCUUACACUGAAACUCUCCGCUUCCACGUCGUUCCUCGCCGCCUCUCCCUCGCCGAGCUCCGCCGCCUUCCCAACGGCUACACUUUUCCCACUCUCCUACCCAAUCGCCGGCUCCAUCUCACGCGCCGCCGUUCCUCGUAUAGCAUCGCUGUCGCCGGAGUCGAUGUUGCUGUCCCCGGCCUCUUUUACGGUCGGCACGUCGCCGUUCACGGUCUCGCAGGAAGCCUCAGCCUUCGAUCUGAGAAUCCUCUCUCGGCGGCGUCUCUGCCGGUGCCGGUGCCUUCCCCUGCUGGUACUCUGUAUUUCUCUCCAAGAUUCGGGCCUGUGUCGUCGCCGGAGAAUCUUGGUCCGAUUCCGUUCAAUUUCGGAAUCCGGAGGGGUUUUCAUCCUCCGGCACCGGAAAUUGGAGUGGUUAAUGAUGCUUCUCCGGAGCCUGAAGCUGAUUGGACGGUUGGCGAUUCCCCUGCAGUGACGCCGGUGGUUUGGGCUCCGAGCAUUCCAGAUUCGGCAAUAUCUUUGUCGCCGGAGGGAUAUUCCGAUGCGGCGGCCCCGACUCCUGCGGGCUUGGAGGAAGGCAGGGUUACUUCGAUAGAGAGCGAGAUGGAAGGCUUGAGAAAGUGUGAGAAUCAUCAUGAUCAUGACGUUGGAAUUGAAUUGGAAGAUUACAUGCAUUGCUAUGCAACUUGAUGAGCUUGCUUAAUUGGUACUAAUAAAAUUGGAUUGACUGUUCAUCAUUCAAUUGCUGAAAAAGGGUACAGAUUGAAUUGCUUUCAUCUUUUUUGCUGUAACAUUCAAGUUGUUUGAAAUUUCAGAGUCUAGCAAAUAGAAAUAGUUGACAAUAGUUGUUAAUUACUUGUAAUUAGAAUCAUUGCAAAAUCCAGAAACUUUGAUUUGUUGGUAUA